UUUGUUUGUGACUUUGUGGUGUUGUGUGUUUGUUUUGUUGAAACGAAACGGAUUUACUAAAAACAUCACUAAAUUGCAUUAAUAGAGUUUUUUGUGCUAAGAUUUAUUUGUUUAAAAACAUGAAGUAAUCGACAACCGUAGCAAGAUGCGGCGCGGUCACUCGGGAAAUGUUGGCGGAUGGCGUAAUGAAAUUCCGCGACAUUUCAGACAUAGGCUUGGCGGCAAUCCUCAUUUCAGGCCCCCAAGAAGCUAUGGAUUACUGGACGGACCGAGAUUCCCGCCACCAUUCGGUAAUUCAAGGCCAGUACGAUUUGUUAGUCGCUCUGAAAAUUCCGAUCGAACACCAUCAAAUCAUCCAGAUAGGUAUAAUAUAUACAGAGGCAAUGCUUAUCAGAGACAACAUCAACAAGGGGAAAGACCACCUAUUCCAUCUCUGCUUCAAUGGACUAGGCCAAAAAAUGAUGAUAACAGAAACACAUCUAAAGAACCAUCCAAUUAUUAUGAGCAACCUGCUGAUAACUUUCAUGUCAAUAGUAUGGGAGAUAUAGAUCAUAGACAUAUCCCCCAAACAAGAGAAGUCUACAAUAGACCACCACCUUUAAUAUCACCAUGGCAACCAGAUCACCCAUUACAUACACCUGCUGGAAAAGGUCGACACAUAUACAGAGACAACGCAAACAAACCAUCCGCAGCUUCUAUAGAAUAUACUGGCCAUAGACCACCUUCGUCUGAUCAUUAUGGCUGCAAUCCUACAUCUGUUAUUGAUAGUUCUAAUACAUUUAGUAGGUCAGUAGAUGAUACAGUUGACAUAGUACGAAAAAAAUUGCAAAACCGUAGUGACCCACAGCUUGCUACUGACAACUUUGAGGACUGUCAGGACAAAACACCUACAGAUGAUCAAAAUUUAGAAACAAGGGAUAACUUUCAAAAUUAUGAAAAUGAGCAACCAAUACGCAAAAGACAUCAAAGGCAGCGUGUUACUAAUAAAUCAAAUUGUGCAAAAAUAAAGAGCAAAAUUGUGCAUCAGUUGUUCAAAAUGGACAAAGAAAAAAUUCACAAACUUAUGGACAAUCCCAAUUCAUCAACUAAAUUUGAAUAUGCUAUAAAUAGCCUGAUAACAGAAUCACAAAACAGCUUCAAUAGACAUCUAAGAUCUGCCGCUGAGAAGUCUCUCUGUAGAUCAAGCACUGAAUUCAUUGAAAAUGAUGAUAAUACUAUUUAUGAAGACACAUUUAUGAAACAGAUGCAAUGUAUGCUAGACCCACAAGAUACAGUUUUCUUGGAAGAUAUUAAGCCAUUUGUAAUGGCUGAAAUCACUAAGGUUUUACAGCUUAAUGAAUAUGAACAAAAUUAUAAUAUGGGAGACGACAAUAUUGCUACUGAUUCUCACGAUGAACAUCAAAAUUACUAUCACUAUCCAAAUAAUAACUUUAGUCAAGAAGACUUUUCCAGUGAAGAUAAUUACUCUAUGGAACAUAAUAUUUCAGAGGCAGAUUACCAGAGAUCUAAAAGUGUUGAACCUACCAUUAAUAAUUAUGAUUGUGAAGAUAGGAUGUCACAUUAUUCAGACCCUAAGCCUCUUUUUGAACGAAGGCAGAGAACAAAAAGUUUUAGUUACAUGCAAGACAGCUCAGUCUCUGAGACUGCAUUUUAUGGAAGAGAAAUAGAAGAAAUACCUAAUAAAGACACAAAUAGAUCAGAGGUUCCACGUGACUUAUUUGAUUCCAAUGCAGAGCACUUUUCAGAGGAUGAAGACCCUUUUGCAGAAUUAGAUAAGCAGUAUCAUGUCGCAGUAGAUCAUGAUUUUAUUGAACGUGAUGACAUAUCAAGUCCAAAACAAGAGCAAAAUCAGUACAAUAACGAUGACAUGAACACUUUUAAAUCAGAACCAUUAUCACCAGAGAAAAAUUUAAAAAACAUUAAUAAGGAUAUUGAUACUCAAUUACAUGAUAUGGCUAAAUCACCUUUGAGACUAUCAUUACCCAUUAGUAUGCCUAUAAAGGAAGAGACAAAAGAUAUUCUUUUACCAUUUAAACAAGAACCCUUAAGCUCUCCUAACUGCCUGCCUUUACAAGAAAAGAAUGAAAAUAAUAUCAGCCAUGAUAAUGAGAAUACAAGCAAGAAGUACGAAUCUGAGUCUAAAGAGAUUUCUAAAGAAACUGAUAAGUCAGAUCUUUCAAGUAAUCUUAAAUCCACUUCAUCCAAUUCCCGAAAACGUUCAAUUGACCAAAGGCCAUCGCAUCGUAAAGAAAAACGUAAAAAAUCAGAAUCUUCUACAUCUGAGCAAAGUAAACAAAUUCUUAAUAAAAAUAUUAUAAUAAAUGUAAAUGAUUGUGCAUCUAAGACUUCAGAUAAGUGUGAGACUUCCAAAUCAAUAUUCAAUUUAUUUUUCUCAAAGGAAGACAGCAAACCGGUAAAAGACAAUAAGACAGUUAGCUCAAAUGACAAAAACUGCACAGAAAAACAUGUCAAAAGAAAAGAAACACCAAGAAAGACUGAAAAAGACAGUAGAACUAAAAGAAAGGAUUCAACAUCUUCAGUUCAUCUCACAAGUCCCACAGAAAACAACAUUAUGAAUAUUAUUGGUGACACACCAAUCAAAUCAGAAACAAAAACAACCCUAAAGCCCAUAGAUAUGUUUAAUGAACUACCAAAAAAAUCGAAUGUUCAUCAAUCACAUAGAAAUACUGCACCAACUCCAAGUUCUACUCCAAAAAUUGAAAUGAUGAAAAUAAAUAAACAUAAGGGGCCUUUAUGUAAGCAGUUGUUAAAAAGGCAUGUUGCUGUUCAGGUCAUAAGAAAAGUGCAUACAAAACACACUCAAACACCACCAUCAAAGUGUGGCACGCAAUCAUGCCAAGCCAAAAAAAAGUGUGUUACUAGAUCUGCACAGACAGAUUUAAAUGUUCCAGAUAGGACUGGCAACAAAUCAUGUGAUGCAUUUGAAAGAAUGAAAGAAAUCGAUUUAGAAAUACAGGUUUUAUUACAAGAAAAAUUUAAACUAUACAGCUCAAUUGAAAACAAAAAUUCUGGAACCAAUUCAAGUAUUGGGCAAACAUUGGGCAUGACAGUGUUAAAUGUAAGUCCAUACGAUGGAGAAGGAGAAAACGAAGCACCAGAUAAUGUAAUAUCUGAAGAUGCAAUUGUCAAUGACUUUGCAAACAUACCUGUUGAAGAACUGGAACAAAUAGCAAUGGAAUCUGUUCAAGAACAUGAAGGUGAAAUAUCAAACAAAUCCAAACGAAUUCGUCGAAGCAAAGUUCAAGAGAAGUCCCAUUUACAAAGUCCUAUAAUAGCACGAAAAAGAAAAAAAACGAAAGCUAAAUCUCCGAAUAUAUCUUUGAUAGAGCAAAUCAUUACAGAUGACAGGCCACUAGAGGAUAUAAUAUCGUUAGAUGACUUGGAAAUGCCACAAGUGAAUACAAAAAGUAAAAAGAAAAAGACAAAAACAUCUAAGAAAAAAGUUACAUCUAAAAGUAAAGUAGUUAAACUUUCAAAUACUACUGAUUGCAUAAUAAAAGAAUGUUGUGUGAUUGUAGAAAGGAUAGAUAUUACUCCAUAUCUAAAACGAAUAAAAUCGGAGACACCAGAACCUGUUGUAGGAAGAAUUGUGUUUGAAGAUGAUAUAACUGACAUAAAUCAGAAAGGCAUAGUUCUUGAUUCCAAUACAGAUACUAAUCCGAAUAUUGUAUAUGAACAGGAUGUGAAUAUUGUUGAAGAAUCUGUAGACAAUGACAUCCAAUUCGAUAUGUUGGAUGUGUCUGAAGAUAUUGUUGUUGGUGAUAACUGUGAAGUGAAAUCUUUGGAAGACAAAGAAGAGGCGACUGAGGUAACGGUGCCAAUCUGUGAAGAGAUCAUAUUGGACAACAGUCAGUCGUCAGUGGAAGAUGCAGCUCCACCGUUAGUGGGGCAGGCUGGCGAGUGCAAGAUGUAUGAUUACUCGGCAGAUGAAAACUUACGCCGUGACUCAGUUGUCGUCAAUGGAAACGCUGAUGCAGUUCUUGCAUUAGAGUGUGUAGAAAACAACUUCCUAGCUGCAUGCUUAGACGGCAAUGUCUACUACUUCAACAAUGACGGCCAUCUGUUGACGACCCUACGGGGAUCAAAUUUGGCUGUGACGUGCCUGACCAUUGUGAAAGAGAAAUAUGGGACCACUGUGUACACUGGUUCUUUGGACUCUAGGAUACGCUAUUACGAUUUGGAGACUGGUUUAGAAAAGGGGCCAGAGUGCAAUGUGUUAAGUCCAAUCCAAACUAUGGACCGUGCUUGGGACACAGUGUUUGUUGGUACGAGGACUGGAUUUGUCUUACAGUUUGAGUGUAAGAAUAACAUGCUAAUACCAGUUAGCUCAGUGAAGUUCUCGGACCAGUCCAUCCUAGCGCUUCGCGCAAUGAAGGAGGGCCCUCGCAAGGUCCUCCUCGUGGCAGCGCGGUCUGAGAAUGUAACUAUAAAGGAUGCCCAAACUGGACUCUUGCUGCGGACAUUGGUCGGGCCUAAGAUGACCGUUUACUCACUGCUUUACGAAGACGGCAAAGUGUACUGUGGGACCAGCAGCCAUCAGAUACACGUGUUCGAUUAUGCUAGCGGCAGUCACUUUGGCACGCACUCGGGCGGCAAGGGUGCGGUGUGCCUGCGCGCGACGGGCGGGCUGCUGUUCGCGGGCUGCUACGACGGCUGCGUGUACGUGUACCGCGAGGGCGAGAGCCAGCCCUUCGCGCAGAUCCGCGGGCCCAGCCUCAUGCUGCUCUCGCUGGCUGUAGUCGGCAGCAAGAUUAUUGCAGGCUACAAGGAUAGAAGUUUGUACAUAUGGAAAAUACCGCUUUGUAUACUGCAAGAAAUGAUUCUUUAACUUUCUACCUGAUUUAUGUAGAUUAUGCACUAUUAUAAUAUUAUAGUUACGUACGUAUUACUUUAUCACUAACAUUAAUUUUAUAGUUUACAUUGUUUAUAGUAUGAGUACCUAAUAAAAGAAUUUAAAUGGGUUAA